AUGUUGCAAAGUGAUCCGGAUGAGAGGUUGGUAUAUUUGGCUUGCCAGCAUAUCUUUCGUGGCCCUAACUCCCAUGUGAGAAAAUUAAAGACAGUCAAAGGGUUAAUCAAACAAAACGAAGUUACCCUCACCGAUAUUCUACGAGAAUAUAAUAUCAAUCGCACUAGCAAAGUUGCCAAAAAGCUUCUAGCUGAGGAGGUUUUCGAUUCGACCUUGCAGGCUAAGAUUCGAUUUCCGGAGUUAUUCGAUGUGUCGCCUGCCCAGAGUGCUGAGAGGGAGACCUCAGAAGCGGAGGCUGCGAGAGAGGAGGCCAAUACUGUGAGGGGUAUCUCUGACAGCCAGCCUUCAACAGAAAUGGCAAUCGUCUCACACGCCCAAGUUGAAAGCGAGCGGACAUUCGGUGGUAAUCAAUUGAUUCCCGCGAGUUGCCCAGAGCAAGAAACUAGCACAACUCUCGCCAUUCCAUCACUAUAUCCGGUCUACAUUAAUUACCGGUGUCAGCAUUUAUUCUUGACGGCUAUACAAGAACUGCUCGAAGAGAGUUGCUUCGAGUUUGGUCAGCUGCAUUUUCCACAUCUUCUAACGACGAAGGGAUGGGACUGUCCCGAGGCGGCUGAAAUUACCGAAUGGACCAAGAUACUGUCCCACAAGUCCACUCCGCCAUUGAAUAAUCUCACCCCCGUUGACGAGUUCAUUGGCUUACUCCGAGAACUCCGUCAUUCUGCUGUGCACCGGCUUCGAAAAACCGCAGCUGGUGUUGAACGACUUGCUGAGAACGCACAGCUUUUUUUGGAAGCCUUGGAAGAUUCAACUCGAUCAGAGAAGGUCGAGAGUCUUCGGAGAGAGCUACGAACCGUGAUUGAAGAGCUUCAGCGCAACAAAGAUCUCCUGGAAAAAAGAUUAGCAGCGCAACUCAAGGAGAUACAAAAGAGGCGGAGUGAAUUGGAUGUUUGGGAGAAGAAUGCGCGGGAAGGAAUGACGAGAGAGGACUUACAAUGUUCAAGGGAUAUCAGUGAACUUCUCGAAAGCGUUGUUCGGCGAGUCAAGUCAAAGGAUCCAAAGGCAGCCGAGAAUGAGCCAAGUGUGCCGGAUGUAUAUUCGGAUUCGUUGGAGUCUUUGGACUCGGAAGAAGAAUUUCUGGAUGCUGUUUGA